AUGAACGGUGAAAGAAUACAGAGAAGCGCAGAAAGACAAGGAAUGAUGAGAUUCCUGUCGCUUUUGCUAAAUAAAAAACCGCUGAGAGAAGGGCUUAGGCCACAAACUUUAUUGGAAAAUUUUCCGGCUCUCAAAACAUUACAUCAAGACCAACACACAACAAUAGUUUAUGAGUUUCCAUUUCAUAUCUACAUGAGCACACAUUGA